AUGUUAUCCAAGAGUUUGCUUUCCAUCGCUACAGCCCUAUGGCUUAGUAUAACCAGCAGUGUUUGCUCUGUAGUCGAUACAGGACGCGUUCCUCCCAAGGACCUGAAGCGCCUGAGCUUAGAGGAAUCACCAGUACAUUGUUUGAAUAACGGUGAAAAGGGUUAUUUGGAGUGUCCCAUUGGUCACUCGAUUGUGAUUCAAUCUGCAAUUUGGGCAACAGAGACCUGCGCAUCCGAUAGAACAAUAUUUCCGGAAGGAUUACAUUUCGAUAGAACAGAGACCUUGUUGCAUGAAUGCGAUGGCUUCAACAGUUGUCUUAUUCAUCCGGUAACACAUCGUGGCGACGGUAGCAAGUACUACACCUUUCUCGGGGAACCAGUGCCCCGCACUGGGUACUCCUUGACUAUUAUGGCUUCUUGUGUACCCAGAGAAAUGAAUGUUGCCGGUCGUAAACAAGUUGACAGUGUCACUUCAAAACUGUACGAUGUUAAUAUCAGUUGUAACGAAGAUGAACUGAUUUACUUUUCCAUCGCAAGGAUAGAUGGUCUUAAAGACAGGACAUUUUGCAGCGUUUCAAGAAUACCUGAUGUGAGCCAUUGCCAAAUGAAGAAUAAGUGUACCAUUUCAAAACAUGCCUUUCAUAGUACUACCUCAACCUGCCCCUUCAAAUUGGCAAUGUUGACAUACUACUGCAGAAAGCCCGAGCCCGCCUCAUUCUUUGAUGUUGUAGAGACUACACCGUCCACAAAGUAUGCACUAUAUGCUGAACAAGAUGCCUCUGUCACUGUAUCUCUACCAACUCUUAAACUUUUGCAUGUUGAAUCCGCGUUAUGGGCUCCUGUGUCAAAGACAUACGACCAGAGUUUGAGGAAGGAUCGUCGCGAAUUGCUAGAGUUCCUCUGUGAGAAGCGUAAUGUUUGCUCAUUUAGAUCGAGACGUACAUCUGCCGGUCACACAGAUCACUCCUUGUACGAUGUCCACUUUGGUGGAAUAACAGAUUCCAAGUACAAGUUUGCUCUGCAAGCUGAGUUUUCUGAAGUUGCGCUUUCUAGUCUUAGUGGACAGCAAGUACACACAGAAACAGCUUCAAUGAACAAAACCAUUACUCUUUCCUGCACGACAGGAGUUGUGAAUGUCAUCAGUGCUGUUUAUGGGAAAAUUGGUAAAACCGCCAAUCCUCUUGCUAAUUCCGGCGUCAAGGGAUUCACCUCAUUUGUGGAAAAGUUCUGCUACAACAAAUCGACUUGCAAGUGGCCAGCUGAUAUAUACUAUAAUCCUAAAAACGCUGGUUAUAAACAGGAAGAGUUCGAACUGACUGUCAAGUACACAUGCAAAAAGUAUGGAGACAUUCCAAGUUUGGUCGAUGCGCCCCUCGCUGGUGCAUCUUUUCUGGAGGCAGGCAGUGUUAACGGAAAGAAUUUGCAAAAGGAAACUAUUUUGCCAGUUGUACUAAAUAAAAAGUCAAUACUCUUCAUAAAUCUUGAACUCAACGCCAAGGCUGAAUUGUUCGUCGGUGACUUUCUGAAGCUUUCCUUUCCAGACGUUACCGGGGGAAAUCUGGAGGCAAAACUUGUAAAGCAAGUAGAUAAUCCAUGGGUUCAUACAGUUGCUGUGAACAGCACCAGGUUCCUCUUGACUGUGAUUUUUAUGGAUAACAGAGCAUUGAACUGCGUCGUUGAUGUUUUGCACGACGGUAAAGAAGACAACUUUAGGCAUGUAAUUAACGUGAAAUCUGGUCAAGACAUUUUCCGAAUGCCCAUAUCUCUUAUGGACGUUGUUACUGCAACUGGUGGAAUCACAUCAAUGCGUGUAUAUUACAAGUAG